AUGUCGACAAACAAGGCACCAUCUAAGAAAGGUUCCAGGCCAGGCAGGAAGCCACUAACAACAGAGCCAAAAAAUAAAAGGACAGCCCAAAACAGGGCAGCGCAAAGGGCAUUUCGUGAGCGUAAAGAGCGGAAAAUGCGUGAGCUGCAGGACAAAGUGAAGAAGCUUGAGGAUGAAAAGUUACAGAUCACGAACGAAAAGGAGCUUCUCAGAUCGCAGGUGCAAACAUUACUUCAGGAGUUGUCAAGAUUUAGGAAUGAACAACUUACUGAUUUACCACAGCAGCAAUCUCCGUACUCUGCCGUCGACCCUUCUGACUCAUCAAUUUCUUCUGGAACCACCCCUGAAUUUUCAAACUCUAUGCACACACCUCAGUCCUCUGCUACUUCAACUACAGCCAUGUCGAUAUCCGGAGGAGGGAAGAAACCGAUCACUUUUAGCAAUGAUACGUACAAAUUUCCAAGUGGUUGGAGUUUUAGCGGAUCAAACAAUAAAGAAAUCAGGAGUGAGCUCGACCAGUCAAACUUCAAGGGUGACUUCGACGAGGGUGUGAGUCAUUUCUGCUCAGAGCUUAAUGAGGCAUGUGGCACGAAAAGCUGCCCAUUUCCUAAGAGUAAGAGGCAAGAGCUGGAGGCCAAGUAUGCUGACAGCGAAAUUUUAAAUCAUAAUAGAACACCAACAUUGAAAUCCAACGAUACUUCAGGUAAAGUGUCGGAGAUCGGUGUACAGAAAGGAUUUAGUAAAGCCACAUCUGUUGGUGCUCCCUUUUUCAACCUGAUCAAGAGCCAGGCUCCGGCAGCUGCUAAGCCAUCAGACGAAAUGAAUUUUCUUUUAGAUUCUAUGGGUGUGGAUCCAUCUGUAUCUACGUCUUCAUUUACUACACCAAACCCAACGGCAUUUAACGAAGAGGAAUUUUUGGCAGACAACUUCUCCUCUGCAAUUAAACGCAACACCGAUAAUUUGGAAGAUGACACAUUGGGAGGCCUAGUGACGGAAUCUUCCAAGUAUGAUCCGUUGGAUGAGAUUUUUGGUUCAAGUGCUGCUGUUGUCGCCGAUGGUAUAGACGGAUCUUUAGGAGUAUCAGCUGAUACUGGUGAUUUAAUCAACAGCUACAUAUCGCCAACAACGCUGCCUGCAUUUAGUACAGAUGCUGAUGGUAAUGCUGUGGUUAAGGACGAGACGGACAAAAUUCCAAAAGCUGAUAGUAAGGUAACGACACAGAGUAACUCUGAUGUCGUUCCUGAUAGUAAUAAGAGUCUUAUGAAAUGCUCGCAGAUCUGGGAGCGGAUAACUUCGCAUCCAAGAUUCUCCGAAAUCGAUAUCGAUGGACUUUGUAAGGAGCUUAAGGAGAAGGCUAAGUGCAGCGAGCACGGAGUUGUUGUCGAUGGUAAGGAUGUUGGCAAGUUGAUAAAUGAUGCCGUUGACAACAACAAUCAUGAAUCUAAGGUUAAAGAGAAUCACUUUUUGAAAGGUGUUACUUGCUGA